UAUUAGCACUUGCUAUUAUAUAUAUGUUAUUUUGCCGCUGACUUAUUACUACAUCAAGUUGUGAGUGGCCGAUAAUUUGGUUCGAUUGAAUCGAACGAAACUGAAUCUGGGAGAGACCAAUUUGGGAGAUCGAUAGAGACCCAAACCGAGUCGCGCCGAGUCGAGGCGAGAUGUUACGUGGAGCUCUCACGGCAUCAGUUGGCUGGGAGCUGCCGUGUGGAGCACAACGCUAUCGAUUCAGUUCGGGAAUUGAGUAACCAUGAUGCGGGGCUUAUCAGCGUUUUUACUUUUACUCUGCCUGCAAAGGGUGAUGACAGAUGCGGCAACAGCAAGGCGACCCAACAUAAUCAUCAUAAUGGCCGAUGACAUGGGCUUCGAUGAUGUGAGUUUUCGCGGUGGACGAGAGUAUCUAACGCCCAAUAUCGAUGCCUUGGCUUAUCAUGGACGACUCCUUGAUCGCCUUUACGCCCCAGCUAUGUGCACUCCCUCCCGAGGAGCUCUGCUCAGUGGACGAUAUCCCAUACACACGGGAACCCAGCACUUUGUGAUCAGCAACGAGGAACCCUGGUCUCUGACACUCAAUGCCACUUUAAUGCCGGAGAUCUUUCAGCGAGCGGGUUACUCCACCAAUCUGGUGGGCAAGUGGCACUUGGGCUUCUCCCGUCCGGAAUAUACUCCCACCCGGCGAGGCUUCGACUACCAUUAUGGUUACUGGGGCGCCUACAUAGAUUACUAUCAAAGACGAUCCAAGAUGCCGGUGGCCAACUACAGUCUGGGCUAUGACUUCCGGCGGAAUAUGGAGGUGGAGUGCCAAGAUCGUGGGGUUUAUGUAACAGACUUGCUGACCAAUGAGGCGGAGCGGUUGAUAAAGAAGAAUGCAGGCAAGGAUCAGCCUUUGUUUCUGAUGCUCAGCCACUUGGCUGCCCAUACCGCCAAUGAAGAUGAUCCCCUGCAGGCGCCUGAAGAGGAGAUACAAAAAUUCGCCUACAUCAAGAAUCCCAACAGGAGGAAGUAUGCGGCCAUGGUUUCCAAGCUGGACCAAAGUGUGGGCCGUGUGAUCAGCACGCUGGCCAGCACGGAGCAGCUGGAGGACAGCAUUGUGAUCUUCUAUUCGGACAAUGGGGCGCCAUCGGUGGGCAUGUUCUCCAAUACGGGCUCCAACUGGCCGCUUCGUGGUCAGAAGAACACACCAUGGGAGGGAGGAGUUCGUGUGGCCGGGGCCAUUUGGAGUUCUCGUCUGCAGGCACGCGGCAACAUCUUUACCCAGCCCAUUUAUGUAGGCGACUGGCUGCCCACACUGGCCCAUGCGGCUGACAUUGAGUUGGAGGACUCCGUCUCCCACCAGCUAGAUGGCAUUGACCUAUGGCCACAGUUGGCAGGCCCUUCGGAUGCUCCUCAUGUGCCGCGAGAGAUUCUCCAUAGCCUGGAUGAUGUGUGGCGGGUGGCGUCCCUUCAAAUGGGGCAGUGGAAAUAUGUGAAUGGUACCACCUCUGCGGGACAAUAUGAUUCGGUGCUCACCUACCGGGAGCUAGAUGAUCUGGAUCCUCGCGAAAGCCGUUAUCCUGUGACUAUAAGGAACUCAGCAGCUUCGAGGGCGCUUUCCCGAUUCGAUUUGCGUCGCCUGACACAGCAAAGGAUCACGGCCAUUCGACGAUCGGCGGGUGUGCGUUGUGCCGACUUCCAAAGAUCCUGUAAUCCUUUGCUGGAGGAGUGCUUGUUCGACAUCACGACGGAUCCUUGCGAGCAGAAUAAUCUGGCGUACUCCAGCCGGCACUCCGAUGUCUUGGCCGCCCUGCGAAGGCGAUUGCGAGAGCUAAGGGCAAGUGCCGCAACUCCGGGUAACCGGGCGAGCAUGCCGGCCGCUGACCCCACCUGGCACACCUGCACCUGGGAAUCUUACGAGCUGCACAAACCAAGAACCGUACGCUUGGAAUGCGAUUACCAUGGCGUACCCUGUGAAACCAAUCAUUAGAUAACCGGAAAGAACAAGCAAUCGUUAUAUUAUAU